AUGGCGUCUCAAAGCGGCACUCGCCACCUCACGCCAGCCGAGCGACGCACUGCCUACGAGCUGCUCCUACAGGGCUCUUCCAAUGGCCGCCUUAAGUACGGCGCAUUAAAGGACGUUGCUGCGCACUUGAAGUGCCACUGGAAGACUGUAUCGCGAGUGUGGAAGCGUGGACGACACUCGCUCUCCAACGGGUCACCGCAUGCCGAUGUCGCCUCAAAACUCAAGACACCAGCGUCAGACCCUCCGUUCUCUUGCGGCACACAGUGGACUUCCGAAGACAUCCAUCGUCCGUCACAUGCAAGAGACCAAGAGGCUAAAGUCCCGAGCCAGCUACAUCAAGCCCAUGCUCACUGA